CUCGGGCCCCAAACUUACAGCCAGAGAUUUCAGGAUUCAGAUCUCUCUCUCUCUCUCUCUCUCUCUCUCUCACACACACACACACACACUCUCUCUCUCUCUCUCUCUCCCUCGUGCACCCACAAGCAUUCACUCAAGCCAUAGAACUUUCGGUGGGGACAUGGUAGUCUUGUAGCAGACGGGAUGAUUAUGGCGCCGCCGGCGCCAAAGCAAAUCUUCCCACUACUCGUCUUUGUUCUCCUCUCCAUCUCCUUUCUCUUCCUACUCUCUUUACCAGCCUCCACCCCGAAGGCCCAAAUCGCAACCCAAUUUCACCAUAUCCAGAGCCCAGAACCGGGCCCGAACUUCACCUUCAUCAUCAAAGUCCUCACCUUCAACCGCCUUUCGUCUCUCUCCCGCUGUCUCAACUCUCUAUCUCGAGCGCAUUAUGAUGUCAAUGAUAAAGUUCAUCUACACGUAUUCAUCGACCAUUUUCUGCUAGAUUCGCAAAAUGGCUCUGCCGAUUUGGAUCACAAAUUGAAUGUUUCUAAGCAAAUUCUUGAUUUUGUUGAUGGGUUUGAUUGGAAAUUCGGGGAGAAGUUGGUGCAUUAUCGGACUUCCAAUGCUGGGCUGCAGGCCCAGUGGCUUGAGGCGUGGUGGCCCACCUCAGAUCAUGAGUUUGCUUUUGUUGUUGAGGACGAUCUUGAGGUUUCACCUCUCUAUUACAGGUUUCUAAAGGCUGUGAUCUCGAAUUAUUACUAUAACGCGUCGAAUUUUAGUCCUUCCAUUUAUGGGGCAUCGUUGCAACGGCCUAGAUUUGUGCCAGGUAAACAUGGAAACAAGAUGCAGUUAGAUGGUGGAGCUCGGAUUUUUCUAUAUCAGCUAGUUGGCACUUGGGGGCAGCUUCUUUUUCCAAGACCCUGGAAAGAGUUCCGCCUAUGGUAUGACGAACAUAAGGUUAAAGGCAUGAAACCAUUCCUUGAUGGAAUGGUGACAACUGGAUGGUACAGAAAGAUGGGAGAGAAAAUCUGGACACCCUGGUUUAUUAAAUUUAUCCAGUCGCAUGGGUACUUCAAUAUUUAUACAAAUUUUCUUCAUGAGAGAGCACUGAGCAUCUCUCAUAGGGAUGCUGGUGUGAAUUAUGGGAAAACAGCAGGACCAGAUUCUUACUUACUGGAUGAAAAUUCUAUUGACUCCAACUUUUUGGAACUAUACCCUUUGAGUAGUCUCAAGUGGUAUGACUUCUGUUUUAGAGAAGUACUUAUUAAUAGAAUCGUGAAGAGUUCGAAUGACCUUGGUUCCAUCCUUCAAUCUGUGCAGCAAAAUAACACUGUUGUAUUAGUGAGCCUGUACAGAGUGUCGGAGACAAUUGUCAGGAAUAUGCUCUGCCACUUGGAGCGGCUGAAUAUUCGAAACUAUAUCUUAGUUGGCCCAACAUCUCAUUUCCUUCUCGAUCUUGCUAGAAGGGGGCACCCUGUUAUCGAUGCAAGCCAGUUUUCUGAAUUCAGCCAACUUGCAAAGUCUAUAAAUUUUCAGGAUUCAACUGUGGAGCUGAUCAAAGAGAUUCUAGUGAAGGCUUAUGCAACAAGAAAGAGUUUGGAACUUGGUUAUAGUACUUGGUUGCUAGAUGGAAACAUGCUUCCUAUUAGCAGUGACUCUUUUAUUGAUUCCUUUGGCCAUUCAAAUGAUUUUUACAUUGGGAAGACUGCUGGACUUUUCUUUGUCAGGAGCUCAUCCUCUACAUUGAAGAUUUGGGCUGACCAUUUCUUAUACGAUGUUGCUUCACUAGUCGACACAUUAAGGAAACAAUCAGGUUCUAAUGACGGCAUGAUUAUCAGUGCGGUUGAGAAAUUACUGGAGAAGCAGAAGAUUGCAUUUAAAAACAUUGAUGUUAUGCAGCUUGGUUUGGAUGCCAGCACUAUUCAUGCCAACCAAACUUUGUCUCAUAUAAAAAAUAAAUUUAUUUUCUGGUCCUCUGGAACAGAAUUGGAUAUAAUACAGAGGCAGCUUGUACUUUUAGAUUUCUGGGUUGUGGAUAGUGAUUCUUCUUGUACUGCUGUUAUUUGUCACCGCUCAUAAUGUUUGCAGUUGUACCAUUCUUCUGCUUCACGGUAGAUUUUCUGGAACGAGUAUCUGAAUUUCACAGGAUACUGCAUAAGUUAAACACUAAUUCUGGACAGACGAUGGAUGAAUGGAACACCACUCCUAUCAAACAUGCCAUGCAUAUCAAGUGCUGUUCCAAUGUCCAAUGAUUCGCACUAGCCUGAUUCUGGAAGCAAGCUAGUUGUCAGAUGGGGAAUUUCGAACUGUCACACUGUUGGAACCAAUUGAAGCUUAUAGUUUUCAACACUUGUACCUGAAAUGACUCAAAAACUAGUAUUGCUGAAGUUGGUGAGCAUAAACUACAUUAUCUCAAGGAGCAUUACCAUACAGUAGCAUGUUAGUAUUCUGAAAUGUGAAAUAUCAUGAGGUGGUCUCUCUGUGGAUUAAAUUAUGGUCCAUGACUUCGGAUGACUGGGUUUAGAAUCAGCUUCUGGGCGAAGUUUUUACGAUAGAUAUUGUGAAAAAUUUUCCACUGCAGUAAGAUACUGCACCAUGACAGUAAUCUUACUACUACGGCAAGUUGUAUUAGUUGCCAUGUGGUUUAACCAAAACUCUCAAUUUAGCCACUGCGUUCUGAAUGCACAAAUUUGUUUUAGGAUGGUUCA